CUCAAAAAAAAAAACUGAAGAGGAUCUGAAGUACGCCUCCCUCCUUCCCGAGCGUUCCUAGCCGCCGCCGGCCAGCCGCCGCGGCGCACCCAGCCGGCCGAAGCCUCCGCUGCCCCUCCGCCCAGCAGCGCCUCCCUCCGUCGAGCAGCCGCUCCCACCAGCAGCGUGGAGCAGCCGCUCCCGCCCACCAGCGCCGCCGCCCGGAACUACGCCGGCGACCAGUCCAUAGGCAGGGCUUGUCCAGUAGACCAGUACCCCCAAGCCGCUGUGGUAGCAGCAGCUGUGAGGUGAGGAAGGCGGUUAUAAGCAUGGAGCCCAAAGAGAAGCCCGAAACGACCAGCGCUGCCAGCCCACCUCCACCGCGGCUGGACUGUAUAAAGUGCUUCGAUGCGCUAUGGUUCUGCUAUACCCCUUUCCACCAGCUGCAGACCUACUACCGCCACGGGGAUUUUGACACCUGCUUCGGCAAGUGGGGCGACCUCGUUGACUGUCUCUCGCUCAAGACGAAGCGGAGGGCGGAGGUAGAGGAGAUCCUCAUCGCCCGGGAGAAGGCCAAGCCGCACAUCUGGACCUUCCGGACUGCCGAAGAGGCGCAGGCGAACUGGUGGCAGAUGUACAAGCACAAGGUGGUGAUGUCGUCGCCACCCAAGACUGCAGGUUCUACUGUGCCCCCUCCUGGAUCAUCUGGUGCUCUUUCCUGAGAAUUGAAGGUCGGGGGAGCCUACAGAAGCGUCGAUUGCGCUUUUGUGCGCUGUGCUUGGACCGCUGGUCUUUGUUCAGACUUGAAUGUACCCUGGCAGGGUAAAUAAUUGGAGCCUUGGAUUGAAUGAUACCUUGAUCCUGUUCUGUAGAUCAUGGCAGGCAACUGAACCAAGAUGUUCUGGUGGCUCUUUUGCUAUUUUUUGCACAAGCUCUGAUGCUAGCUUUUUUGCUUAGUUGCUUAUCAGGCAUAAAUGUUCUCCCUCCUGGUUCUUCAAGCAAUUGUUAUCUGAAUAUCACACCUGCAGCAAUGCUGCUUUUGUUAUCUGAAUAUCACACCUGGUUCUUCAA